AUGUCCGAAGCAAAAAAGAAAGAAAAAAGACCACCCUUAACCCACUUUCUCUGCCUCCCUCUAGUCAACUCAACAUCCCUCCCUCAACUGGAAUCCUCACUGGCAGCAUUCAAAGCUUCGAUCCCUCGCCGGGCACUUCGAUAUGGAGCUCCAGAGCAGCCACUCAUCCCUGAUGGUGCGCUCCGUCCCGUCGGUACCCUGCACCUGACUCUGGGUGUCAUGAGUCUCCCAACGAAGGAUCGUCUAAGCGAGGCUAUCGAGUUCUUCCAAUCGCUAGACCUAGUCACCAUGGUGCGUGAGGCCGAGAAAAUCGCAAGCGCACGCGCACAAGGGAGGAAGAGAAAUACACCUUUAGUUUCAGCGGCAGAACAGUCAUCUUCGUCGAGCGCCGGGGAAGUCGCCAAAUCGCAAGGUGAAAGUCCCCCGAGCCCGUUCACCGUUUCUCUUGAAUCUUUGCAUGCGCUUCCUCGCGCACGCGCCGCGACGGUCCUACAUGCGGCGCCAGUCGAUCCUACUGCUCGCUUGUAUCCUUUCUGUGAACUGCUGCGGGACAGAUUCUUGGAGGCUGGAUUUUUGCUCGGUGACCAGAAAAAAGAGAAAGAUAGCAAGCAGACGAACGAUAAGUCUACAGAAGAGGCGGCGGUUGAAGAACCCUCCCUCCUCGAGGAAAUGCCAGCCAACGUUGCGGAAGAAACCGCACGAACAUCAGACAAACCGAUAAGCACCCAGCCUGUAUCGAAGAAUUCUACAGCUUCAAAACCGAAGAUCAGACCGCUUCUACUGCACGCUACGGUAGCGAAUACAAUUUAUGUCCGUGGGAGAGCACGGGGUGGAGGGCCACAGAAAGGCCAAAAUCGCAAAAGCCAAUACACUUUCGAUGCACGGGAUUUUUUGUCCCAUUAUCGGAACUAUUAUAUUGACGGCGAUAGAACGACUCCUCGGACUACUGUGGUUACAACUAGCGGGGGUGGCAGUGAGCAAGGUCAGCUGAACGGGGAGGAUCUUUCAGAGAAUGAGACCAGCCGUUCGGAGAGUGAAGGAGACAAGUCACCGAACAACAGGAGAGCGUCUAACGAUGCCACUGGCGCCAAACACCAAUAUCCCUUUGUGUGGGCGAAGGACUUCCCCCUUGAAACAGUAUGUAUUUGUGAGAUGGGUGCGAAGAAACUUGACCCAGAGGCCGAUGAAGGUGGAAUGAACGCGCGUUUGCGGGAGAAAUACUUGCCUGUAGUGGAAAGGAGCUUAGAUUUUCAUAGUGAUGGGGGUACUGGGGGUGGUGUGAAUAUUAAUUAG